UUGUAGCUGACCCAUGAUAUAUUUUUUUAAAGCUUGCUGAAUUUUGAACGUCACUGGCAAAAAAGAAAAACCUGGAACUUGGAAUGAGACUUUGAAUUAAGCGCAUUGAUUGUGCCAUUUCGUAACAACUCAACAGACCGUGACAACCAGCCCCAAAAUUAUGUUUCGCGUAUAUAAGAACAAGGAUCACAAGAUAACACAACUUCUCGGAUAACUUAAGUAGUUUGACGUCCUAAAAUCAGUUUAACCAAUUACACCAAUAACGCCACUCAUUGGCGUUGUGUUUUUCCCGUGUGUUUCAAAUGCAGCAUAUUGAGCCAGACAUUCAAAUUAUUGGCACAUAUGGAUUUUUAAUGGCAUACGACGGGUUUAUUGAUUAUCAGCGCAAAAUAUAAAUAGCCAUUACUACAUUGCUAAAGUGUGUAAUGUUUGGACGGAGAAACAGGCUGGGAGAACUGGCUGUGUUCUCUCUGAUUUUGAUUAAUAAUGGCAUCGCUGAGAGUGGCGGUCCGAGUCCGUCCACUGAGCAAAAGAGAAAGGCAGUUACCGUCGAAGGUGAUAAUCCAUGUGAACGGGAGCACUACAUCCAUCCAUAAGCCUUCACCUAUGCGAGGGGACGAGCUGAAGGACAGAGGGAAGUCCUUUUCUUUUGACUUCGCAUAUGAUUCAACUGACAGAGGAAGCCCCACGUUUGCAUCCCAGGAGAGGAUUUUUCAUGACUUGGGGUCUGAUGUACUGAAAGCUGCAUUUGAGGGUUUCAAUGCCUGUAUGUUUGCCUAUGGCCAAACAGGCUCAGGAAAAUCUUACACCAUGAUGGGUCAUACAGAAGAUAAAGGUUUAAUCCCACGGAUCUGUGAAGGCUUGUUCGGGGAGAUGUCUCAUAGAAGCAAGAGCGAUGCUGUGUCAUUCCGUACAGAGGUCAGCUAUUUAGAGAUCUAUAAUGAACGUGUGCAGGACCUUCUCAAGAAGAGAACUACACCUGCAGACGUUGGAUGCUUGAGAGUGAGAGAGCACCCCAGAGAUGGGCCCUAUGUUGAGAAUCUGUCCAAGCACUUGAUACAUAACCACAGUGACAUGGAGGACCUGAUCAUUUUCGGCAAUGCCAACCGCACCACAGCCAGCACGGGCAUGAAUGACUUCAGCAGCCGCUCCCAUGCCAUCUUAACCAUCAGCUUCACACAGGCGUGGUUUGAUGCAGAGAUGCCACGUGAGACACUGAGUAAGAUCCACCUGGUAGACCUCGCAGGCAGUGAGAGAGCUGACGCAACACGCACCACAGGCACCAGGCUGAAGGAAGGUGCCAACAUCAACAAAUCUCUGGUCACCCUGGGCAGUGUGAUCUCAGCUUUGGCUGACCUUAGCGUAGGAGUACAGUCAACAAAGAAGAAGCAGAUCUUCAUUCCUUACAGAGACUCUGUGCUGACAUGGCUAUUAAAAGACAGCCUGGGUGGAAACUCCAUGACUACUAUGAUAGCAACUGUUUCUCCUGCUGAAGUGAACUACGGGGAGACCCUGAGCACUUUGCGCUAUGCCAGCCGAGCUAAAAACAUAGUGAACUCUCCCUCAGUGAAUGAAGAUGGCAGUGUGAAGGUUAUCAGAGAGCUGCAGGCAGAGGUCGCCAGGCUCCAAUGGCUACUAGGAGAAGCCAGUCAGGUCCCCCAUGGGGAGCUGUCUUCUUCUCUGAAAGUAGGGGAGGAGCUGCAUCAGAACGAGGCAAAGGAGGAGACUGUGGCACUGAGGAAGCAGGGGAGCGGAGUGGUCCUGGACUGCCACUUACCUCAUCUGAUAGGCAUUGAAGAUGAUCUACUAAGCACUGGCAUCAUCCUUUAUUAUUUGAAGGAGGGGAGAACCCUGAUCGGGAGUCACAAAGGAUCAUGCAGUCAGGAUACUGUGCUACAUGGGCUUGGGCUCCUCAGUGAACAUUGUGUGCUUGAGAACUGUGCUGGGACCGUGACUCUGAUCCCUCAGGAUGGUGCGCUGUGUUCAGUCAAUGGCUCUGUGGUCACCGGUCCCUGCCAGCUGACUCAGGGUGCCAUCAUACAGCUAGGAAGAGGAACCAUACUAAGAUUUAACCACCCAACUGAAGCUGCCCAGCUCAGAGAGAAAUGCCAGAGUGGGCUGCUGUCUGCCUUCAGCUUGUCCUUGACUGACACUUCCACAUCUACUGAGAAUCUGUCCAAGGUGAAGCAGCAAAAUCAAGGGAGGAUGGAAGAAAAGCUCAACCAGCAGGAGGUGGCAUGGCAGCGGGUCCAAGAAAGUCUGAACAGACGCAACCAGGACAUCAAAAGACUUCCAAAGGAAAACAGCGGGGCUCCUGUUCAACAGAGAGCAGAAGAGAAGACAAAGGGGGCAGAGAUGGAAGAGACUGGUAAUGGUCUGAUGGAUAUGCUGGCUGCAGAGAGAGUGGAGUCCAAGGUGCCAAGCAGCUGUAUUACCUCUGCCACAACAGAGAAGCUCAUGACAACAGCCAUACCUGGAAAAUAUCCUUUCCCUCACACUAGCUUUGAGUUGGAUGGAGAGACACUACAGGGUGGGGUAAGCACCAGGGAUGGACAAGAUCAGGAGAGGGAUUCGUGUCAUAAAUCAAGUCCAGGGCUCAUGUCUGAGGCACCGUGGAGAAAAGCUCUGAAUGGGGCUGGAGUUUCAAGUUAUAAGGGAGAGAAGGUUUGGUCAGGGGAUGCCAGCCUCCAGCAGACAGGUAUCCUGGGCCCAGGUGAUGGAUGUGGCCUGAAGCCAGAGGGGAAUGCUAACGAGAUCCAAGGUGUCAUGGCUCACUGCUACAGGGGGAGACCUGGCUCUGGUGGGAGCUCAUUAGGCAGCAAGUCCCACCUGCAGAGCGGCGGAGGAACUAGCGCCGUGUCUGUCCUCCCACAGACCAGCACUCAUUCUCAGCUCGACAGAAAGCCUCUCAGCAGUCAGGCACCCUGCUGUCCAUCCGAGGAAACUGUUGUCGAGGGCCAGUUCAGCUGUGGAGAGAUGGUUGAAUCUGCAGGUUGGAAGGAGAUCUCGAGAGGGUGUGUGACAGAGACUUUAGCAGCCACAGCUCAAAACUCAGGUCUGGGCUCCUUGUUCAGCAGAGUUUCUUGUAUGAUCCAGGAUGCAGGGCGUCUCCUUUGGAGCUCUCGCACAGUAUUGGCGCGGGUCAGGGAAGAGGGACUACAGCCUGCUGGGGCCCGCUGGUCCAGUCAUGUUGUCUCUCUGCUCAGGGAAAGUAAUGUUGUGUCUGUAGUGAAGGACUGCCAGGUCUUCUCCAUGAUCAAAGGGAUCUUUGUCUUCUCUCUGUUCAAAGAGAGUCAAAUUUUUUCUGCAGUGAGGGAACUACCGCUAAUACAGCACAUCCAGAUGGAGAUAACUCAACACCUUCAGCCUGAGGAGGCAGCUUGGAUGAUUCAGGGCUGCAUUAAUCCUGAAACCACACAACUCCCUGUCAUGACACCGACACAAACCUUUAGCAAAGCAGAAGAAUUGCCAGAUGACGUGCCACUAAUCCCAGAAGAUAUCUGGUCAAGGAAUAAGAGUAUUGGGGAUCUGCCACAAGAGAAAGACAUGGCUGAUAUUCAUGUAAAACAAGAACACAAACUGAUCAGAGAGCUGUUGCCAUUAAAACACAUCGGUGAGCUGGAGGUUAUCCAUCCGUCUGAAGACAAAGAUCAGGCACUGGAGAACUCGAGGAAUGUGCAGAACAAAAAGGAUGUCCAAAUCUUCAGUCAAACAUUGAUAGAAUUUCCUGAUUCCAUUUUGAACCUGCAAACUCUGCCACAGCUAGACAUGAUGGAUACUUUACAUUCUAUCAUCUCCACCUCAGUGAUCACCUCCCAGAAGAUUAUAGCUCUCUAUUGGCUGAAUGUGGCUAAAUACAGCCAACCUGAGCCCCGUCCUGCACUCCUGAUCCUGGCGGAGACUGGCCUCUAUACCCUGACCACUGACUCUGGGCCCCUGGUUUUGUUCCAUAACCUCCCCUUGUUGCAGCUGAAGGAGGUGCAGAUAGGCUUAGCUGGCAACAGUCUGCGUUUGAUGGGCACUACAGAGGAGAGCAUCCUGGGUGUCUACACCCACAGCCAGAAACUUACCAGGGAGCUGUGCUGGGCCAUACUUGGUGUCAUCUGCCCUGGGGAUAGCAGGGUCUCUCAGCACCCACUGCUCCACGAAGACUUGAUGAAGAUGUCUCUAGACUGGCAGGCAUAUGUACCUGACCUUCUGCUAGAUGCUGGUUUUAGGGUUUGCUGCCACUUUCAGAAGAGUCUUUCUAAACUGGUUUACCUUCUUCAUUGUAACAUGGAUCAAAAAACAGUCAGUCUUGGAGAUGUACACCUACUACUAUACACAAGUGUAGGGGUGUGCAUCAGCCCCACUAUCCACACUGAGCCUGUUGCCCAGCUUUUGCUUACUGAUACCCACCUUGGUCUGGUGCAGGAGGAUGCUGUCUUUCAGCCGACUCCACGCUCUGGCUCAAUAGCGCCCUGCCGUCCCCUAUUCCAUGACUUAACUCUUCGUAAGCUUUCAGAUGUGCGCUGUGUCCUGGUGCAUGAUGAAGACAAGCAUGGAGCUGUCAGACUGGAUGUAAUCCUAGCUAAUGUAAGGGGUAGAGGUCACCCUGAAAGCGUGACGACAGCAGCUACCCUUCCCGCACAUGCUUCAAAUUCAUCUCCACAUGCAGAAGUGUGGAAAUUAACUUUCAGUUGCUCUACUGAUGCUGCCUGCCUGAUUAAUCACUUGUCAAAUGUCUGAUCAAGAACUGAACAGCCAGUAAUGAACAGCCCAGCUUGAAAACUCUCACUCACAGGGAGCAAUGGCAAAAGUUCAUCCGAACCAGACAGUUCAAAAGUCAGCUUCACUGUUAAAUGACAGUGAAAACUAUGACCUACUUUAAAGUUUCCAAAUUGAUUUGUUUGUCUAUAAGUUUUGGUCAUUUUAAUGUUACAUGGCUUCAGUACUUAAAGAUAAAAUAUGUAAAACACUUGAAUUUCUUUGUUCUUGCAUUUUUUUUGUUCUUUACCCACUACCUCCCCAUUAUUAUUUUUGUCAAAGAGGUUGUCAGUUUAAUGUGUAAUGUUGUAGAUAAUUAGGGACUGAAUGUUCAAUAUUGAGGAUUAAAAACUUUAUUUUGUAAUAUUUUUCAAGGAUUUUAGGUGACCAAUCUGACCAAAUUAUCUCACUGUCAUGGUUGUUUUUAAAAAUUGUAUAUCAUAUGUAUGUCAACUUGUUUCCAAUUCCAAAUAUUUUAUAUAAAAAUUGCUAAUUUGAAAUGGAUAUGUUUGAAUGUUUGUAAAAAUAAAA